UAUAUAGUUAUAUACAUACCAAGGCUCGCAUGUAGAGAGACACAGCGUGAAUCUGACGCUUAAGUUAUCUGGAGUCGAAAAUAGCAAAAGGCUUUGAGAAUUGUACGAUGUCGGCGACUGGCGGCGGCGGUGGAGGUGGCGGUGGUGGUCAGGAAGAGGACAAGAAGCCCGUUGACCAGACGGCUCACAUUAAUCUCAAAGUCAAGGGUCAGGAUGGUAAUGAGGUGUUCUUUAGGAUAAAAAGAAGCACCCAAUUGCGCAAGCUCAUGACUGCAUACUGUGACAGACAGUCUGUGGAGCUGAACUCCAUUGCAUUUCUUUUUGAUGGACGCAGGCUCCGAGCCGAUCAGACUCCAGAUGAGCUUGAGAUGGAGGAUGGUGAUGAGAUAGAUGCAAUGCUGCACCAAACUGGAGGGAGCCCAUGAAAGGGCUGCUCAACUGCUGCAGAUGCAACUCAGCUUUUAGAAUGCAAAGCCAUUCGAAAAUGGAGGGUAUAGAUUGCCUGCCGAGUUCCUUAUUUUGCUUCAUAUAUUGAAAAGUUACUGUAAAUAAAAAUGGAUCUGGUGCAUACUCUAAACUAGACUGUGAGGUUUUUGAUUGUCGAUCAUGACUAUAAUGGAUUUGUAAUGCGUGGUUGUUUAUGGCUUGUUUACCAUUAAUUAUUGGCAGUCUAUUAUUGUAGCGAUCUAUAUUUGAUGUGACUUGUGCUGUUUUUCUUAUUUGUUGUAUGUUAUGGUCUUGGAGGGCUUUAUUGGUU